GAACCUUACUAGGCCAAUCAAUGUGCUAUAUGUUACAUUAGACCUUAGCCAUUCUUCUUUCUUAAAUUUCAUUCUCCUCCAAUUAACACAAGUAUUUAAUUUCUGAAACAGGGAUUGUUUACUAUAUAUUGAAAUUGUUACAACAAUUUAGCAACAUUGUACACAAAAUUUGAAUUCAUCAUGGAAUUUAUUCAUGGACUAUAUAUUCUCUUGAUUACAUUGACACUUUUCAACCAUAAUUUGAGAAAUGUGGAAGGAAGGAACCAUCUUCACACCAAGCAAAGAAAAGUAACUACUCCUGCUCCUUCUGAGUCUUCUAAUGAACCAACAAAUACUUCAAAUUCUUCUCCUAGUGUUCCUUCUGAUCCUUAUCCGAACGAUCCUCGGGAUUCAUCUUCCGAUUGUGUUUUCGAUGUGAGAUCCUUCGGAGCAAUUGGAGACGGUUCAUGUGAUGACACACUUGCAUUCAAGAAAGCAUGGAAAGCAGCUUGUGCUGUAGAGUCAGGGGUUCUUCUUGUUCCAGAAAAUUACACUUUUAAGAUCACUUCAACUAUUUUUUCAGGUCCAUGCAAACCAGGAUUAGUAUUUCAAGUGGAUGGUAUGCUAAUGGCACCAGAUGGACCUGAUUCAUGGCCUGAAGCAGAUAGCAGAAGUCAAUGGCUUGUGUUUUAUAAACUUGACCAAAUGAGUCUUAAUGGUACAGGAACCAUAGAAGGCAAUGGAGAUCAAUGGUGGGACCUUCCUUGUAAACCUCACAGGGGUCCAGAUGGAAAAACUACAUCGGGACCAUGUGGUAGUCCAACCAUGAUAAGGUUCUUCAUGAGCUCCAAUUUGAUGGUGAGUGGACUGAAAAUUCAAAAUAGUCCUCAGUUCCACAUGAAAUUUGAUGGCUGCCAAGGAGUAAUGAUUAAUAUGUUAUCAAUUUCUGCACCUAAACUUAGCCCCAACACUGAUGGAAUUCAUGUUGAAAACUCUCAAGAUGUUGGGAUAUACAACACCUUAAUAAGCAAUGGUGAUGAUUGUAUUUCAAUUGGACCUGGGACCUCAAAUGUGGAAAUAGCUGGUGUUACUUGUGGUCCUAGCCAUGGGAUUAGCAUUGGAAGCCUAGGUGUGCAUAAUUCUCAAGCAUGUGUCUCAAAUUUAACUGUCCGAGACACAGUGAUAAGAGAAUCAGACAAUGGACUAAGAAUAAAGACAUGGCAAGGUGGAAUGGGAUCAGUGUCAAAUUUAAAAUUUGAGAACAUACAAAUGGAGAAUGUAGCAAAUUGCAUUCUAAUAGACCAAUACUAUUGUUUAACAAAAGAAUGUCUAAACCAAACUUCAGCAGUACAUGUUAAUGACGUGUCCUACAAAAACAUUAAGGGUACUUAUGAUGUUAGAACUGCACCUAUUCAUUUUGCUUGUAGUGACACUGUUGCUUGCACAAACAUAACACUCUCUGAGGUUGAACUUUUACCAUUUGAAGGUGAGUUAUUGGAUGACCCUUUUUGUUGGAAUGCUUAUGGAGAUCAAGAGACAUUGACUAUACCUCCAAUUAAUUGUUUAAGGGAAGGUGACCCUGAGACUGUAGGUGAUCUUUCUACAUAUCAAUGUAGUAAUAAUAAUUAGUUAAAAAUGUUACUCUAAAUUGGUGUCUUAGUUAGAAGAUAUAUUAUAUUACAUUACAUAGGUAUAGAGUCCUAGUUAAUAUCUUUAUAUGAUAUGGUUUUGAGGUGUCCCUAUUUGGGUUUAUUUUCCCAUAUUGAGUGAUGAGUGAGUUGCUGAAUUGGUUCAUUUGUUUGGACCUACAUUGUGAGAGGCUACUGAGAGCCUUGAUUGAACAUUUAUAUAUUAUUAUGUGGCUGAAAAUAGUAUACACUUUUUGUCCCCUUGCAAUCUAUUAUCUUGUUCAUAUUCCAAUUUCAUUUAUCUCACAAAUAUAUUGCAUUAUAGCA